AUGUGGAAUAAGGUGCCUUAUGGUAAAAGGAAGGGUCAUAUACGGCAAUACAAAGUGGAGUAUACCGAGGUUGCAAGCAAUUAUACACAAAUCAGAGAAGUCGGCGACAAAACGCGCCACCUUAUGGUUGUCGACUUAAAAAAGAACGCUCAUUAUACGAUCAAAGUAUCAGCUGCCACAAUAAAGGGAUACGGACCAGCAAGUCAGCCCUUAUCAGUCUUAACAGAGCAGGACUGUUAGUAUCGAAUGUUAUUAAUAUGAAAAUCUUUCAUUUCUCAUCACCACACUUAUGCUUUAUUAUCAAUAGACGUAGCCUCCAAAGAUAUAUGUUGUGGUUGAAUUUAUCCUUGGUUUAAUUUUUAUUUUCUUUUGUUUUAAACUCAUUACCAUACAUUACCAUACCCCAAAACAAAAAAGAAAAGAUAAUUAAAAUUAAACCAAGGAUAAAAUUGAGCCACAACAUACACAAGUGAGGCAUCACCAUACUUCCUUCUUCGCCUCCCCACCCCAGCUCACAAUGUUCGUUCCUAAUGUCCUCUCUUGGAACGAGCAUUGUGACAGUAUCCAUAAAAAAGCUACUAAGCGAUUGUUUGUGCUGCGGACCCUUGGGAGAGUUGGAUGGGGCACUAACGAUCUCGUGUUAGUCUACUGUAGUAUUGUUAGAUCCAUCGUUGAGUACGCCUCGCCAGUUUGGGCUGCGAUCCCUUUAUAUCUGGACGAGAUAAUUGAGUCUGCACAGCGGAAAGCUCUCAAAUAAUAUUUGGCCGGGUAGACUACACGGAAGCCUUGGUCUUGGCUGGCCUGGAGUCUCUUAGUGACAGGAGAGUAGGAGCUUGUAAGUGGUUUAUGGCUAAUGCACGCCAAAUGUCCCCCCUUAAGAACAUCAUCCCCUCUCCUGCCGCUAUUGAGUCUCAUUACAGUAUAAGGGUCCAACUUCCAAGACGUCAACAUGGUCAUACCAGAAGAAUUAAUGACUUCGUAACUUAUAAAUUUCAGUGAAUGUAUGGAGAUGCAAAUGGUUAAUUGUAUGUGACAAUGACCUUCCCCAACAAUUCGGUUAUUGCUGCAAGUGGGUGAAAUAAACAGAAUAUCUAUCUAUCUAUCAGCUCUCACCUCAACCCCUCACUCUGUGGAUACUUGAUCAGAUAACAAAGCCAAACAAAUGUUGUUCAACUGACAGGCAUCACAUCGUUUUAUGUUUAUUUUCAAUUUUUCUCAAUCUAGUACCCAGUGCACCUCCUCAAAUUGUUCGGGCAAUGAACAAAACUUCCACCAGCAUUCUUAUCACGUGGUAUGAGGUUCCCUUUGGUCAAAAGAAUGGUCAUAUUUUAAGUUACAAUGUCACUUACAGACUGGUGAAGCAAAACGUCACAACAACAAAACAGAUUGAAGCUCCAACACUUCAAGUGAAUCUAACUGGACUGAGAGCAAACACAAACUACAGCAUCACAGUAAUGGCCUCGACUAUCAAAGGACAUGGACCAGCUAGUCCAGCUAUUUAUGUUAGCACUCAAAAUGAAGGCCAGUAG